UAAAAAAAAUGUUCUGUGGACUCUGUGGUGGUGAUGGUGACAGCGAGUGAUGGAUUCAGAUGGAUUCUAUUGCAUUUUGAUGAAUUGAGUAUUUACACUUUUUAGGUACUUGAAAACUGGAGUUUCAUAACUGUGUUCUAGUUGUGAGCUUUAUUUCUGGUUAUUGCGGCCGUGUUAUAAACAAAAAAAAAUGGGCCCGAUUGUUUUCGUAUUGUUAUUAAACUUUGUUUUCGGCUCUUUCCAUUUGUGUAAUGGGGAGGAAGUUAAGAAGGUUCGCAACAAAUUGCCGACGGUGGGAAUAUCAGUGCUUGUCCGAAAUAAAGCCCAUACUUUGCCAUACUUUUUAAGUUGUAUAAAUAACUUAGAUUAUCCUAAGAAGCGUUUAUACUUGUGGAUUUAUAGUGACUUCAAUGAAGACAAAAGUAUAGAGAUAAUACAAAAAUGGGCUGACAAGUAUUCAUCUCAGUACAACGGCGUAUAUAUCACAACAAACAGUUCGAGAGUCAGACACACUGAUGAAAAGAGUUCGGUUCAAUGGAGUCCCGAGCAUUUCAAGCAUGUUAUAAGGUUGAGAGAAGAAGCCCUGCAAUUUGCUAGGAAAAUGUGGGCAGAUUAUAUGUUUAUGAUCGAUGCUGAUGUGUUCCUAACAAAUCCUUCAACUCUCAAAGAACUUGUGAAGAAAGAUCUUCCCAUAGCCGCUCCCAUGCUUGUAUCAGAUGGAUUGUAUUCAAACUUUUGGUGUGGUAUGACAGAUAAUUACUAUUACCAGAGAACAGAUGACUAUAAGCCUAUUCAGAGGAUGGAAAAGCAAGGCUGUUUCGAGGUUCCGAUGGUGCAUACAGCUGUGCUAGUGUCUCUUAGAACCGCUGUUUCUGAUCGGCUCACAUAUAGCCCGGAUAAAAUACCUUAUUAUGAUGGACCUCAAGAUGAUAUUAUAGCCUUUGCAGUGAAUGCUAAAAAAUUUGAGGUAUCCCUGCACAUUUGCAACGAUGACUUGUACGGGUUCGCUCCAGUGCCAUUAGAAGACAACCGUGAACUAAAGGAUGAUUACGAACAGUUAUUGAACAUCAAAACCGAGGCUAUAGGUCGCGGUAGUCCCUUACCUUUAGACCAACAUCUACAGGAGUAUGUGAAGUACCCCAAGCCUUGGAAGUUUGGCUGCAGUCAGAUCUAUAUGAUAAACCUGGAAAGACGGGCCGAGAGGAGAGAACUUAUGGAGAUGAAUUUCAAGGAGUUAGGAAUGGAUGUUAAGCAUUUCAAAGCUGUUGAUGGAAGAGACUUGGAUAUGAACAACCUAAAGCAGUUAUCUAUUACUUUGAUGCCAAACUAUGAAGAUCCUUAUCAUAAAAGACCAAUGAAGGCGGGGGAAGUGGGCUGCUUUCUGAGUCAUUACUAUAUUUGGAAAGAGAUAGUUGAGAAAAAGUACGCGAUCACGCUGGUGUUAGAGGACGACAUCCACUUCGUGCCGUACUUCCGAGACCGGUUCCUGAGGCUCAUGCGGGAGAUGGAACAGCUAGACUGGGACUUAGUCUACAUCGGGCGUAAAAUACUUCUAGACGACGAGGAACAAUACGCGACUCAGCAUAUGACCAAGCCUCUCUACUCUUACUGGACUCUGGGCUACUUGUUGAGCGAGAAGGGAGCUCGGAAACUUCUAGAAGCACGACCGCUGGACCGCAUGCUGCCAGUCGAUGAGUUCCUGCCCAUCAUGUUCAACCAGCAUCCCAAUGAUACAUGGAAGGCCCAUUUCCAGAACCGCAACUUGGAGGCUUACUCAGCAGCACCACUGUUGGUUCAUCCCACGCACUACACUGGACAAGAAGGUUAUAUAAGCGAUACUGAAGAUUCGGACCUCGUUACUGAAAACUUUAAGAAUGAACUCUGAAUGUUAGUAAUCUUGCAAUAAUAUUAUUGUAAUACAACAAAAUAUAUUGAAAGGUUUAAUGGCAUUAAUGGCCAGUUUGUUUGAAGAAAAACUAAAGUUGGCGUGUUAAGCAUCCUGUUAAGUCUAUUACAAUACUUUUUGGGGUUUCGCGAAAAGGUCUAUAUCAUUUAUCGGUCUCGUAAACUAUCUGUAUACCCAAAUAAAAAGUUUCGUAGUCUUGGUGUAAAAACCGGACAUACAGAACAGAACAUUUAUAAUAUUAGUAAGGAUUUCUACUGAUUUCAGUCUGGUAUGUAGAACGAAUAGGUUUAAAAAACAUAGAAUGUAUAAGUACGCGAAAGUUGUCGAAUUCAGGCCUAAAACAAUAUAUUUUGUUGUAUUAAAACAAGCGACAAUGCGACUGUUGUAUGUGAUUGAGUAUGUCGGUUAUAGAUCUAAGCGUAAUUUGAAAUGUGUACCAAAGUUAGACUCGCGUUUGAAGCUGGAACUUUUUAACCUUUUCACCGCCACGCCUUAUCGGUAUUCCUAUGCCCUGUACGCCAAGCCCGAAAAUCUUAAUUAAAUAUCUACUAAAAAAUACAUAAAAGUAAUGAUUUAAUAGGUUUAUUUUGUAUUUUUCUGCGACCUGUUUUUUGUCGAGUAUAGCCGUCGUUGGCGCACAGGGCACGCUUGCUCAUGUCGGCUAUAGCCGACAUUGGCGUUCAAAAGGUUAAAGACAUUAUUUGUACACCCAUGCUGUACUUUCUAUAUACAUAGGUAUAUAUAAGUUCCGAAUAUUAUUUUAAUUUGGAUGUCUGCUAUAUAAUACGUUUGGGACUAUAUACCGAUUCCAGGCGAAAAUGCGGGUCAAAAUAUUCCUAUUAAUUUUUUAUUGCCUAGCAAUGUUUAUCUUAGUUCCUAUGAGUUAUGUAGGCCGAUAUCGUUUCAUAUUGUAUUGUUUAGUUUGUAAAUCAAAAGUCAUUUCUGUGCCAUUUACAGAAAAAAAAGUACAAGAUGACAUUAUAAAAAUCUUGCCGUCAUUGUCUUCUCCAUAUUAUAUUUUGGGCAUGUUAGUGUUUAGGUAAUUGUAAGUAAUUUUGUUCAACAAGUUAGUAUUUUAAUAUUUUAAACAAAGGGUUCUAUUUAAUGGCAAUGUGUUUUUAAAAUUAAUAUCAGAUCCGUGACCUACAUUCUGUAAAACAAUAUCUUCAUAAUAAUACCUACGAUAGGAGCUACGCCAUUUUCUAUAAUAAGUUGAACUAAUCAACAAAAAAUGUUAUAAGUAUAGCAUCUAUAUAGCUAAUUUUAUUAUAGGUUACACAAUACCUAACCAAAUAGUUUUCAAGUUGUCGAUAAAUGAGCAUGAUAGGGACCUACAUUGCACUUAAACAAUUUCUGUUAUGUUUAUAAACAUUAAAUACAUUCUUAUAUUUGCUUGCGGAUAACCCGAAAUGUAAAAGCAGCGUUCCCUCUACUUUCACGCGGUAAUCGCAUGUUGUUCUCGUGUGGCAUGCAUACGUCAGAUAGUAUCGUCCGGCGUCGGCGUCGACGGACAUACAUUAAUGUGGAAAGUGCGUCCGUCACGGCUCCUAUCUCGCGAAUCGCGACUAUUAGCUCAUCUAUAACAUAGCUGCCAGAUGUCAACGAACACGCAUACUUAUUUGUCACGCACGCUUAAGUAAGAUUCAGACCGAUCGGGUAUGCCGCAUCCCAUUUUAAAUUCGUAAUUAAAAUUCGAACUAUAUACUUACAAACUUAAAAUUACCUUUUGAUACUAAAAUUGUACAAACUAAAAGAAAAACAUAUGUUCAUGUACCUACAUAAAUUCACAUUUGGAUACAAUUAGCCCCUCCGAACGACUCCUAUUGUCGGCUAAAAAACGAUCCGACGCGGUCAGUCAUUCUGUCUGAAACUUCCUUUAAACACAUCUAUAAUUCACUGUACCAGCUCUUCUUGAGUAAUUGACGAUGAUGUACGUCAAUAAUACUUAGUAUAAUUAUACUUGGCUAUGAGUUUCGACUGAAGCUAUUUUAUGACAUGAACGGCAGAGAAUUUUUUCUUUUGUUCUGCUAGAUUUAGAAUUUUAUGAUGUGAGCGACGUCCAUUUGUGCCAAACUCGUGUAGUAGGGCCGUGUAAUACUUGGGAAGUAUGAGUGAUGCGAAGGGCUGCGGGUUUCGAACUAAAACACAAUAAGUUUUUAAUGCGAUACACUAAAACAUAACGUUCAAUUCGAUAAAAAGGAUGUAAUGGUAAAGAGCUUCCCUUAAUAACCUUACCUGUUGUGGUUGGUCUUAUUUUAUACUAAAAUAUUCAUUGUGCAUUGAAAGUUAUUUACAUUAUGACCUCCUCUGUACUAAUGGGAUACGUACCUAUAUGUUUAUACUAUGAUGAAUCUCAUGUAAUUUAGCGACUGCUGAGCGAUUUACAAGUCAUUGUUAGCCUUACAUUUUUGGCUCGCAUCUACGUGCCAUUCGAAGUGGACAGCACCAUAUAUAACACUGUAUCGCCUUGUAUAGAUGUGCCCCGCAGUUUCACUCGCCCUUGGCCCGAUUCAUCGGCGCUUGUCUCACUUCUCCUUAUAGCUUAGCGUUCAUUUGGUUUAUACUAUAUCACUUUUGAGCCCAUUAGUGACAUAUUUUUGUAUCCGAUAGAUAUAUGUAUUAAGCUUCCCACAUAUUUGUGUAGUUGUAUUUCGUGUGUAUUGUAUUUGAAAGAAAACAUUCUUCGUAUAUUAUGGAUUCUUGAAGAUCACAGAGAAAGGCCACUAUUAUGUCAAUCACUAUUAUGUCGGUCACUAUUAUGUCAAUUUUUGGAUAACAAAGAUUAAGUGAUUAUUUCUGUGUAAUAACAGUAACACGCAUUUAUUAGAUAGCAGUUUUAUAAGUAUUGGUACAUUGUGUUAGGCUUAUUUGGAUUCCAUGAUUAUUAUAGCUAUGGUUUGCUUAUGAUUUUGAUAGUGCAAAGUUAACUCAUGUAUUAACCUAUGUAAGAACACAGCUCCCGGACCCGACGGACUUCCUGGUCGAGCUCUCGUCCUGGCCCUGAAGGAGCUGGAACCCCAGCUGGGGGGGGCUCUUCACGGCAUGUCUCGUGCAGGGUCAGUUUCCCAAUGUGUGGAAGGAGGGGAGGCUGGUGCUGCUCAGGAAGGAGGGGCGCCCCGCGGACUCGCUGUCCGCGUAUCGGCCCAUAGUGCUGCUCGACGAGGCGGGAAAACUCUUUGAGCGCAUCAUAGCAGAUCGCCUCGUCAGCCACUUGUGCAGAGAGGUUCUGGACGACAACCAAUUCGGUUUUCGUCUUGGGCGCUCCACCAUAGACGCCAUCAUGCGCGUGAGGGUCCUGACGAAGGAGACGGUGUCCCGGGGUGGGGUGGUGCUGGCAGGCCGCAGGUGGUGAACCGCAUCCGGCGCCUGGGCCGCGAGGUGGACCUAAACAAGUCGGAGGCCAUCGUGAUUCAUGGUCUCCGACGUGCGCCGCCGCCGGAAUCACACAUCUUGGUCAGCGGGGCCUGGAUGCCUGUCGGGCCCACCAUGAAGUACCUGGGCUGCUCGACAGCCGAUGAGAAUUCGAGCCCGUCGACCUAGAGGCGAAAGUACUCGCGUCAUUAUAUCGAUGGCGCAACCAAGAGCGGCCACGGGACUCGAGGCCGGUGCAGCGGCAGAUCGUGCUGCGCCGAGAGCUCCGUCGGGUCCUUCCCCCCCUCCCCCGAAUGUACCUCUAUAAGUGUAUCUCCAUAAAAUAAGUCUAGAUAGAGUUUUGUUUAAACAAAAUAAAUAAUUGUAAGUUCUUUUAAAAAAUUAAUAUAUUUUUUUGAACGUGCCAUAUAAUCUUUAUAGUUAAUAUUUUUUGAAAAUAAAUGGCUAUAAUCAAAA